AUGUUUUAUUUUUCAUUUGCACAGGAGCUAAAUGAUCUUCUGCCAUGCUUUGGAUUGACAGACCAAACUAACAUUGGCCGUUCUGCAGCAACUUAUGAUACUGAUACUGAUAUUGAUGAGGUGCAAGAUGUUAGCAUUGAAUCCCGUCUUCAAAGAUAUUACACUGCUACCCCCCUUGCAGAGGAAUACGGUAAUGAAUCAGAAAAUCAAGUUAAUGAAGACACUAAUGUAAAUAGUGAAGAUCCACAGUGUGAUAUUAACAAUGUGAAAACCAUUUAUGACAGUGGAUGCAAAUGUACAAAAAACUGCUUCAGUAACUUUACUUUUUCCCAGAUUGAAUCGAACAUUCUUAAUGUAAGGGAAAUGACAAAAAGUGAAAAGGAAAUGCUAAUUAUGGGCACUCUAAAGAGGAUAAUCUCUGAUGCUAGAUGUAAGGGAAAUCGUAAACGUUCACGAUAUGAAUAUGUGUUUGAGGGUGUAACAGUGUGCCAUGAAACAUUUCUAGUGGUGUUUGAUAUUAAAGACAGACAACUGAGAAACAUUAAACAUCACAUGGAAGAACAUGGUGCUCAGCCUCGUGUUCACGGCCACAGCGGUAGACGUGCCCCCAACGCAUUUCCUCCUGAAAGGUAUGUUGGUUUAACAACAUUUAAAGACAUAUGGAAAAAUUGUUUGCCACAUAUAAAAAUAGCCUCUCCAAAGGAAGAUGUGUGCAAAGUAUGUGAGGACUGUAAGCAGGAUAUCAAGCUUGCCAUGAGCGAAAAUGACAAAAUACUUGCAACACAGAAGUACCACAAUCAUGUACUCCAAGCCAGGAAAGAAAGGGAACUAUACGUAGAAUGCGUGGAAAGGUCAACAGCAAUGUUUGUUAACCGGGCACAACAAGACCAGGCUGCGGGAGAUGGAUUUUCGACAGACGACGUACAUUACACGUUCGACUUUAGUCAGUAUGUCAAGUUGCCUCACCAUGCGCAAGAAAAGGGACCCACAUUCUUCAUUCAACCAAGAAGAGUGCAGAUAUUUGGUUUCCGGGCCGAUGGCUAUAAGCAGUACAACUAUCUCAUCGACGAGGACCAAACCAUUGGAAAAGAUGGCCAGAAUGUACACGGACCGGAUUCUGUUAUAUCAAUGAUUGAUCACGCCUUCCACACGUUCGGUACUGGAGAGACGGAAUGUGGUAUUCAUGCUGAUAAUUGUUUCGGUCAGAACAAGAACAGAUACGUGCUGGCGUACUUAUCAUGGCGCACGAUGACUGGGCGGCACAGAACAAUCAGAUAUAUGAUGCAGUUACCAGGACACACAAGGUGCCUGAUCGACGCCGGGUUUGGUACUAUUAAGAAGUUGUAUCGGCGUUCGAACUGUGACACACUCCAGCACGUGGUAGAUGUUGUACACAAGUCGGCACACAGUAAUGUACCGGUUACAUACGACGAGAAUGGGUGGGAGUGGAGAGACUGGAAGAUGUUCCUCGGUGAUAGGUUCAAAAAAGUGCCAAACAUUUCCAAAUAUUAUCACUUCCGCUUCACAUCAAGCGAACCCGGGGUAGUGUACAUGAAGGUAGCCGCAGACGACACCGAGGAAAUCCGAUUUGUCAUUUGCAAGACGAACUAUUUACGAAUGGACACCUAUGAUCUUUCGUCAGUUAUUAGGCCAGCAGGACUCAGCAAGGAACGUCAGAUGUAUCUAUACCGCCACGUCAGGCCGCUGGUGAGACGUCCGUUUCAGGACGUUCUUUGUCCGCCCCCUGCGUCGGACGAUUGACAAUCACAUGUGUAGUGUAACAUGUAGAUAUUACAAAUUUAUCCUGAAAUGCCACUUGAAGAUAAAUGACAUUAGAAAACAGGAAAUAUGUUAUUACUUAUUUAUUAACAUUAAUUGAAGUGACUAAUCAAUGAAAUAAUUUCGUUACAAAAUGUGUAGUUUACUUUCGCUCAAGCCCCACAUAGAAUUUACUGGUAGUGUAUACUCCAUAUCAGCGCACUGCAGUAUGUGUUACUAAUAUUAUUAUAUGUGUACAUCGAUGCUGCUAAGAUAAGUAAAUUGAAGGAUUGCUUUA